AUGCUGAACGUUGACGUGGACCUGACCACUGAAGAUGGCUCCCAUCGCGUCGAACACGCGAUGCAGGUUGGCUCAACCGGAAGCCGUCGAGGUUCGAGCGCGAUUCUCGACGCCAUGGAUCGCCAUCGUCUCCUCGACGAGACGGGCGUGAUUGAAGUUCGCCUGCGAUUUUUCCGGUACCGAUCUAACCUCUCGACGUCUCCGCGGACGCACGCGUAG